GUUCGAUACGCGGACGCUCAAACGUCACGUUCCGGACAACCUGCUACAGCAGCUGCCACAGGACAUGACAACACAAGCGGACCUGCACAAGCCGGUCCUGGCGCUACUGGUUCUUCUACCAGCAGUAAUUCUCCCCCUUGUGUUUGUCAACUUCAACUGAAGGCCAAUCUUUGUGGGCACACCGAAGCUGUGACAUGUUUGGCUGCCUCGAAUGCCUUCAACCUUGUUGUCAGCGGAAGCCGCGAUCGUACCUGUAUACUAUGGGAUUUGACGCGUUUGUGUUUCCUGCGACAGCUAACGGAUCAUGUUGCUCCUAUUGCUGCAGUUUGUAUCAGUGAAGCCACUGGCGAUAUCGCCAGCUGCGCCGGCACCUAUCUUUAUCUUUGGAAUUGCAACGGAGAACCUAUUGCCUCAGUCGACACAAUAGUUGGUCGAAAUAAGCAAAUCUUAUGUGUUUGUAUGAGCACGCUGUACGAUUGGGAUGCCGGAAAUGUGGUUCUUACGGGUGGAUCAGACGGAGUCGUGCGCAUGUGGGGUCUGGAAUAUACCAGCGUGGUGAAACAACCCGUUCCCAUGGAGGCAAUGAAUAUAGCUCGCGAACCAACUUCUAUUGAUGGAGCUUGCUCAAUACCCUUCAAUGAAACUGGUCAGCAUGGAGCUACACCUACUGGCGAUCAAUUGAUUUCUGAGCAACCGAGCUGGACUAGAGAACUCGCUCCUCGUGGUAAACUGACAAUGCAUACCGCUUAUGGUCGAAGUGACAACCAACAACCGGCCUCCAUUACUGCCUUGGCCAUAUCGCGUGAUCAUCGCUCUGUUUUGGUUGGUGACUCUCGAGGUAGGGUUCAUGCCUGGUCUGUGCCCUCUGAAGCAGGUCGUGGUGGGAUGACUGACCAGUGGGUACGUGAUGAGGACGUUACCAAUUGUGCUACAGACACCUGUUCAGUCAGGUUCUCAAUAACGGAACGGAAACAUCAUUGCCGUAACUGUGGAAAGGUGUUUUGUAGCAAGUGCAGUCGUUUCGAAACAGAAAUCCGCCGACUGAGGAUCUUCAAACGGGUUCGUGUUUGUCAGGCUUGUUUUACUAUGCUGAAUCUUAUCCAAGCCCCAAAGCUCCGUCCUCCAUCUGAAUCAACGCGAGGUGACCCGUGAGCUUUACUAUUCCAAUAUUUGCACCCAUUCGACCAUAAAAGCUUUGUUGUCAUCCAGACCAACCUCGGUUUUUUCCGACUAAGAAUCUGUGAUGUAUCCUAAUUUCUCUACACCCGCUUCCUGCAUUUCUGUGUUUAAUAAUGCAUACUCAUGCCCUCGAUGUAACAUGUCCCGAGCGCUUCCGCUCUAGUACGGAGUCUUGUUUUCUGCGGCCGUCACAGCUUCCAUUCACGGACUACUAUUCUUAUUGGGACAUGGUUCAAAUUCAGAUUAAUAAGCGUCUUCUGUUUGCCAUCUUACUGUAUUUGCUCUCAUUUUUUGACAUCAUUGUCUUUUCUUUUCCCUUCUCCGAUCUCUCUAACAAUGUGGUGUUAGUGAACUUGUUGUACAUAACUAUUUAUCCGCAAGACGGGGUCCAAGUUUCUCGCAUGUCGGUCACUUGAUUUCUGCUUGUUCCUUCUAUCAUCCUUUUUCCAAUUACAGUACUUCCUGAUCAUUGGCUUGCUACAAGAAAUGUCAAAGCUUUUCAGUUCACUCUCUGUACAGCCUAUUAAUACACCUUUACUUGGAGCAUGCUG